CUCUACUUUCUCUCAACACUUCUCACUCUCCCACAAUGCCACAACACUGCUCUGUCUCUAGUCUAUUUUGAUUGAAUAGAAAGAAACAGAAGAGUGGUUUGGCCCAAUUUGUGAGAGAGGAGACCUUCAAAGUGCACAAAGUAGUGGUCUUGUGUACUUUGUUUAUGGGUAUAGAGAGAAAAUCAGAGAUCUGAACUGGUCCAUCCCUUCUCUUCUAAGGACACCCUACAAUUCUGUAGCAAAAACAUAUAAUAUACACAGUGAGAAGCUGAGUGAGAGUAGAUCUAGUAAGUCUAUCAUCCCCUGUUUUAGCUCUGUCUUCAGUUUUGCAUUGUUUUCGGGCAAGAGACAGAGUUCCCAGAGAGAGAAAAAUGGCUGAGGUUUCUGCUAAAACUUUUAUACCAGAGUCAUUCCAGGGAACAACAACAGAUAUAGCAGGGCAAAUUGGGUUGAUUUGGGAGCUAAUCAAAGCACCAUUGAUAGUUCCACUCUUAAGGCUUGCUGUGUAUAUAUGUCUGACCAUGUCACUUAUGCUUUUCUUUGAGAGGCUGUACAUGGGUGUUGUCAUCAUUCUUGUUAAGCUCUUCUGGAAAAAGCCCGAUAAGCGAUACAAAUGGGAGCCAAUGCGUGAUGAUUUGGAGAGUGGCAAUGAGGCCUUCCCUUUGGUCCUUGUUCAAAUCCCAAUGUUCAAUGAGAGAGAGGUCUACAAGAUCUCCAUUGGAGCUGCAUGUAAUCUUUCAUGGCCGUCAGAUCGUCUCGUGAUUCAAGUGCUUGAUGAUUCAACUGACCCUGUUAUCAAGGAUAUGGUUGAGAAGGAAUGCUUAAGGUGGGCAAGCAAAGGCAUUAACAUAAUCUAUCAAAUCAGAGAAACCAGAGGCGGCUACAAAGCUGGUGCUCUCAAAGAAGGCCUAAAGCGCGACUAUGUCAAAAACUGUGAAUUCGUCGCCAUUUUAGAUGCCGAUUUCCGGCCGGAACCGGACUUUCUCCGGCGAGCCAUCCCUUUCCUUGUCCACAACCCUGAAAUUGCACUUGUUCAAGCUCGUUGGAGGUUUGGUAAGCUUCAAAUCUUAGACCAUGAUUGA